AGUACGCGCCCCCCCCACCGGAUCCAUAAGUCUCUGCAGCAGUGCGCCCCACCUGUCCCCGUAAACCCGUUCGUCCAGCUGCCGAUUUUCGAAGUCGUGACGGCUGCCUUUUUCGAGGACAUCAGAUCAUCGUCUCCUCACCCGUUCGUUCUACGUUCUCUGGGGGGGAACUAAGCUAUGCUUGUGUUCAAGAGCGCCGGGUUUCUUGCAGCCGUCCUCAUCGCGAUUGCGGGCGUCACGAACAGCGAGGCAAUCGUGAAGGAGGAUGCGUUCAAGGAGUGCCAAACACACUGCGGCAGCGAGCACGUGGGGGAACAGGGAAGAGCGGAGCUGCUCUGUGUCGACCUUUGCCGCCUCUGGAACCCAGCCGCGCUUGACUAACCACAAGAACGGUCAUGAAGUUCAUGCGUAACAAAUAUGGCGAGAGGACGGAAAAAGUUGGAUGCUUGAUUGAUUGGCCGAAACAUCCAUGAAGCAGAGUUCGAAGCAAAAAAAAAAGGGCCUAACGGUGGUGGUCAAGACCGCACGAAAGUCAGCAAAUCGGCGAAAUCACUGCCCGGAGACGACGGGCGACGAUGACGACGAAGCUACCAUGUAUAUUACUACUUAAUUACCGGUUUGGACAACAAGUUGGUUUGAAGAAAACAAAAAAUGACCCGUCCGUCAUCAUCAGUGGCCAGGGGAACACCUUUUGGUUUGUAUCUAUGACCUACGUUGCACGUGAGUUGGGGAGUGAAAAAGCGAACGUGAGAAGAGGGAUCCUGGCAGGGCUCUUCUUCUGUAGUUUGUGUGGUAUCCUGCUUUCUUGAAGGGAGAUCGGAUGUAGUCGACACGUGUUGGGUUCGUACCCGUUUGCGGCUGGCGUUCAUGCAAUGAUCAGCCGCGAGCGUGGGCAACGAUGCUAGUAGAAAACGUGAGUUGUCGUGCCCGAGGGGUGGUAUUAUAGUGGAUUUGGAGAAUGUGCGGGUAUCUCUGGAGAUGGGGCGGUGUAUACACAAAGAGGUUGUUGUGUUAAGUGGUAAUAACACCGUUGGCUACCUGGUAUAAUAAUGUUCGUAUAAUUUGUGCACAUUGUUUUGUAUGAAGAUUACACGAUCAUGUUUGUUGUCGGGAGUUUUUCGAGUAUCACGAGCAGAAGCCAACGUUUCUUCCUUUUCUUCUUUUUUUGGUUGGUCGCCGUGCACCGAAAGGUCCGAUUGUAUGUAUGCAAGAUAGGAGGUGUAUUUUGACGAGUGUGGGGCAUGCGCUGGGAUUGAUUGUAAGAGGGAGGGUCAAGGGUCAUCCAUGCAUGUAGUCUAUACAGAAAGUUUGCUGGUGAGCCCCCGACGCUGACAAGCUGUUUUAAGUGCAGCUAUUUCCAAUGACCUCGCAGUUUUCCCUUGGCUUGUGUGUAGAAUAUUGACCUGAAUGUUCAUCCUUUUCCUACGUGCUUGUGUGAGAGAGACGCGCGCGGGCAACGUUGAAAUUUGAGAAAGGGAAGUACUGCUGUUCGACUUUCCAACGAACGAUGAUGAUGGUGGCGGUGGUGGUGGAUGCACGUAUUUUCUCGGUGGUUUGCGAAGUACUUCGAAGUAGGAAAUAUCUUAUUUGUUUGUUGUUUCAGAAACGACAAGAAGCUCUGCUCCGUCCGUAAGGCAGAUUGCCCAAGGCUAAUUUAGCGGUUGACUGAUGAUGUCAUGAUCGCGGGCCUCUCUAUGGUUGUUUUUAACUGGCAACAAGGCUGUUUCUUUCU